CAUAGGUUAUGUUCAUGAGGACUAGCAGCCCGUCAGUCUCUUCAGCAGUCUUUGACGUCGGCUCGGAAAUCACUUAAGCCGUAUCGCUUGCCUCCGUCGGGCUUUCGCUGGUUCACCGUAGGAGCCGCGCGGUAGCGCAGCGCAUCACAUCACUCCCACAAGCUGCCCACUCCCCGCCCCCGCCGCGUCUUCUAAACUCGUGGUCGCGGGAGAACUGUGGGGGGAAGGGGGACCGAUUUAACGCAGAACGGAGGUAGAGGAGGGUCUGCGCAGAAUACCACAAAUAUUAACUGGAUUUGGGGAUAAAGCAGCGCGGAAAUGGAAUUAAUUUAGCAGAACGCAGCACAGCCACGGUUGUCCCGAUGUGCAGGCAGUGCUGAGGAGAGGAGGCCAGGGCUGGGGAGCACCGGGGCAUCAUGGGUGACGGGGGAGCCCUGCGUACCGAGGGCAACGCCCUGCUGAAGGCUGUGUUCCAGGGCAAGCUCCGUCUGGCUCGUCUGUUGCUAGAGGGUGGGGCCUACAUCAACGAGGGCAACGAGCGCGGCGAGACACCCAUUGCGGCUGCCUGCCUGGCAGGCUACGAUGACCCACAGACGCGGCAGAGGAUGGUGCGCUAUCUGCUCGAGAAGGGUGCCGACCCAAACAUCCCGGACAAGUCGGGUCGGACGGCGCUGAUGCACGCUUGCGCCGAGCGUGCCGGCAAAGACGUGGUGUCACUGCUGCUGGAAAAUGGUGCCGACCCGAGUCUUAAAGACUAUUCCGGAUCCUCAGCCCUGAUGUAUGCCAUUAACAGAGGUGACAGGGAAGCCCUGCAGACACUGCUGGACGCCUGCAAGGCCAAGGGAAAAGAAGUGAUCAUUAUCACCACGGAUACCUCGCCCUCCGGCACCAAGAAGACCAAGCAGUACCUGAACUCUCCACCCUCGCCGGGCGUGGUGGACAAAGUCUCGCCCACCUGCAUGUCCCCCUCGGAGGUCGAGAUCCGCACGUCAGGUUCCCCCGCCGGAGAGGAAGAGGAUGGCAUCUUCAGCUUCGCCCUGACCUCCGCCCUCCCACUGCCAUCUAACAGGCCACCGGGCGAGAGGAGGCCACCGCCACGAAAGCUCCUCAAACGGCUAAACUCUGAGCCAUGGGGCCUGGUGGCUCCGAGCGUGCUCGCCGAGAGGAGGGAGCGGGAGGAGGGCGACCUUGCGGAGGAGGACAAAGUAACAACAGAGAUGAACGGCCUUUCGAUCUCUGGGCCGGGCAGACCCCUGCUCUCACGUCGCCACAGCAUCGAGACGCACGACACCUGCUCGCCAAAGAUGAUCGACCGCUCGUGCUCGGAGGACUGCGCCGCGCUCUGCGCCUCCUCGUGGGCCGACAAAGUGCAGCAGCACCAGUCACUGUACCGCAGGAACACGGCACCCGAGUCCCAGGAGAACGCCGGGCACCUGCUUGCAGGGGGUGCCCGGGUGCCUCCACACCCCAAGCUCACCCGCAUGGAGCACUACGAGUCGGACACACACCUGUGCGCAGAGUCCAUCCCUGGCUCGCCUGACUCGGGCCGCAUGUCGGUGGAGCGGCGCAGGUACAACGCCUCGCCACUCUCGCUGCUCACUAGCUCCUCCCGUGAGUCCCUGGAGAGCAUCCCCAACUCGGUAUCUCCCAUCACCAUGAGGAGGAGGUCGCCGGGUCUGCUAGAACGCCGCGGCUCUGGCACGCUCCUCCUGGACCACAUCUCGCACACGCGGCCCGGGUUCUUGCCGCCACUAAACGUCAACCCACAGCGGCCCAUCCCGGACAUUCGGGCCAAUGGCAAGCCCACCUCGCCCGUGCAUUCUGGCACCAAGAUCCUGCUGCCGGUGGCGCCGUCGUCCCCGAAGCGUGGGCCAGACUUCAAGAUGAAGAAGAAGCUGAUGAGGAGGCACUCAAUGCAAACGGAGCAGAUGAAGCAGCUCUCCACCUUUCAGGAGAUCCUCGCUGAGAAGGUGAUGGAGGUCAAUGGAGACUGAUGCUAAUAGGAGCAUGAGAGAGCUACAUAGCAUGCACAUACAUGGAGAAAUUCACCUCCAGUUCAGAUCACUAGACAGUGAACUUCUAAAAAAUGCAUAAACUACAAGUCCUAUUCUUACAAAAAAAAAACCCAGUUCAGACACAACACCAAUCUUGAUAACAAUGGCUGAAAGUUAACAGCCACCAACUAGCAUUAUGCAAAUUACAUCAUGCUGGUGGCUUCGACCUUCCAUUCAUUGUUUGCCAGGAUUGCAUGUUUGGCCGAUCUACUCAUUUAAAUCGGUUCCAUUUAAUGUCAUUUUUGGUUUCUUAUAAUUAGUUUUUCACCAUUGUGUCCUAUUUGACGAAUGGCUCUUCUCGUUUAAAAUGGUCACGCUUUACGCACGAUCCCUUUUACUGAAGCAUAUAUAGUGAAACAGCUGAGCUGGAAUGUGUUUAAGAAAGAAAUGUUAAUGCUGCUGGCGAAGCGACACGCGGUCCUCGCGUGCGUCCUUACACGAGCCAAACUCACGUCUUGCCCUAUUUAGGAUGACGUAGCUAAUUCUCCCGAGGAAAAACAUGCAACAUGCAGUUUUCUCCUUAAAAAUCUUAACACUGAGAAUAAAUCUGUUGCCGACGCAAUAGGUUUACCGCACAGACGAUCUAUACUUUUCAAACUGAUUUAAAUCAAGUAAUGUAAAAGGGCCGUCUCUAAAAAUUUGUGUUUAGCAAAACCGUAAAAAAUAAAACAUUCCUUAGCGGUAAAAACGGAAACAAAAAUCCACCAAUUGAAACUUCUGCAUAUAUUAGGAUGUAGAAUGAGCUCUGUAUGCAUGAAUUUAAACACAAGAAAAUGAAGUGCAAUUCGUAUCUCAGAUUCCCAAAGAAUUUCCAUGAAACUCGUUUAUGUUUACGCGUACCAAAACUUGGAGGGCACGGAAAAACGAAACGCAACAACAGGGCUCCUCUGUUUUAUUGCAGAAGGGGUAGGGUGCACAUGUAGAUAUUGUACAGAUUUCACAGGAGGUAAAGUAAGAAUUUGUGUUUCAAGUAUUUCUGUGUGCAAUAUUAUGUGCUGCACCUUCUCUGGUUUCAUAUUAUCACUGAACACUGGAUGACCAUUACUUUUGCAGCGCGAAAAGCAAUCUGCACUUCUGGGGAGCAUCGCGAUGUUCGGAAAAACAGUCGGACACAGCAACGUUUACACUCAUUUGAAAUUAAAUUCGUUUCAGUGUAGUGUUUGUCAGUGUAGCGAGAGAAAUAUAUACAUAUAUACAUAUAUAAAUAACCAAGAAAUACUUUAAUAAAGCUUAAAAUGUGAUUGAGAGUCUUGCUUCAGUUUAGUUGAAAAUCUAUUUUAGUGCUUUGAGUUAGCAUAUGUUAGUUUAUGUCGAUUGAACUAAGCAUACUUUAACAUGAAAAAGAAAACAGAGUCAUAUUUUUCUACGCCUGUGUGACUGGUCGCACUUUUCACCGUUUUCGUCUUUUGUUUCCAGUCUUUCAAAACAAAAUGAAUAUGAUGUACUUUUUGGGUUAUAAAUGACUUAUACUCUUAGUAUGGAAACAACUAUGUUUAAAAGAGACAAAGGCAUAGGCAACAAUAUUCAUUACGUUCUUUAAUUAAGGUAUUUUCCGAUAGAUAACCGCAUCUUUGCAUUCAAAGAUUUUACCCGAAACCAUGUAAACGCACCUCUUUUAAAGCCUGUCAGAUGACGGUGAUGAUACUGAUGUGUGCUUUCAUUUGAACGUUACCUGUUCUGUUCUAACGGGAUAUCUUCUCUUCGUUUCUCCUCAUCGAGGUCUCUCUCGAUGAUCACAUCGUGUCAUGCUAUAAAAAAAAAAAUGAACAAAACGAACAAAAAACAGUGAACUUGUUUCAAUUGUGCUCAGGUAUGUCUGACCAGACCCGAACCAGUACGAGGGUCACCAGUUGUUUUAGACGCUGUACACAGAGGACGUGUGUUUCAUGGCGUGCUGCUGUCGUGUGGGUAAUAGGAAUAUAAUUACUACACAUCCAAGUGUCUUACAUCGCGUUGUAUCAAAAGGAAUAGCAGUUACAGUAUCAACAUCUAGUUCAGUGGAUUCAAUAUUUAUUGUAAUUUUGUAUGUUUGGUGUGGUACACUGGUAAUGUACUGAACAGAAUAAUUAAUCGAUUAAAAAAAAUUUGAUGACUUUUGUGCUAGCAGUAAGCUUUAGGGUGCGCGGCAGUAUAGUGUCCGUGUAAUUAUCUGCACAACACACGAUGGGAAUUAGUCUCAUGCUCAUGAGACAUUUAUGGUGCUUUGAAUAAAGGCAUAUGA